AACCACUUCAAUCUUCUUCAAAUAAAACCCUAGACUCCUCAGAACCCAACGCAAGCAGAAGAAAAAGAACAACUCCUUCAGACAAACCAAACCAAACCUUUGAACCAUGUCAGGAGUCGGACCUCUGUCGCAGGAUUGGGAACCGGUGGUGCUUCGCAAGAAAGCCCCCACUUCCGCCGCCCGCAAGGAUGAGAAAGCCGUCAACGCCGCUCGCCGCACCGGCGCCGACAUCGACACCAUAAAAAAAUAUAAUGCUGGAACAAACAAAUCUGCUUCUAGUAGCACUUCAUUGAAUACUAAAAGGUUGGAUGAUGAUACCGAGAAUCUAGCUCACGAUCGGGUACCCACUGAACUCAAGAAAGCUAUAAUGCAGGCCCGGAUGGACAAGAAACUAACUCAGUCUCAGCUUGCUCAAUUGAUCAAUGAGAAGCCUCAAAUAAUCCAGGAGUACGAGUCGGGGAAGGCCAUUCCAAACCAGCAGAUAAUUGGCAAGUUGGAGAGAGCCCUUGGUGCCAAACUGCGUGGCAAGAAAUGAAGCUGCUAAUCUGACGGUUCUGUAUGUAGUUUAAGGCUUUUAUUUCACUGUCCAAGGUUGGUUGCAAGAGAGACUACUAGUGUGGCAACUUGAGUGUUUCACCUGCUUAAACAUGAUUAUGUAUUUGCAUAAAUAAAGAUGUAUUUCCAGCACAAA